CACCGCGUCCCGCCCAGGUCGGGCCCGGCGGCGGCCGCGGCGUCAGGGGGCGGAGCCGCCCAGAGCGCCCUUUGUCUGCGGAGGCCGUUAUGCCCUCUCACAAUGCUAUACUUUCCCAAGGGGGGAACAUGGAGGAGAAAGAAAUGAGUAAUGGAUCACAGAUAGUCAGGUCUCAGGACUCACUGACAUUCGAGGACGUGGCUGUGAACUUCACCAGAGAAGAGUGGAACCAACUGUACCCUGCUCAGAAGAUCCUUUACCGAGAUGUGAUGCUGGAGAACUACAGGAAUCUGGUAGCACUGGGGCAUCAACUUUAUAAGCCAGAGGUGAUCUCUCAGUUGGAGAAAGAAGAACAGCGGGGGAUGGAAAGGUACAGCACACUGGACGCUCACACAGGUGAGGAGCAAGCAUUUGGGUAUUUGCUGCUCAGUGAAGAGAAGCAGUCACUUCUGAAACAUUCAACUGACUGUGCUCCAAGUCUUUGCCUCUGGGGUUUACAGAAUACUGAGACCUUUUUAAAAAUUCAGUUUAUGUUUGACUUUGUUCCAAACUGGAAAUGGCCCUCUUAUUUUUUUCCAAUUAUACAGAUAAUAUAUACUUAUCAUUAAAAAAUUCACACAACACAAAAGUUAGUGUGAAGGUAUUAACUCUAACGUUCAUGAAUACUUUGAUGUUGCAGAUCUCCACAUAGAAUUUUCUGUUUCUUCAUUCCUUUUCCUUUUGUUAUCAAACUCUUUAAACUUGUCUAAAACCCAUAGCCUCAAUUUUAAUUCUCUUGAUUACCUUUGUGACAUGACUCCUGUCCUAUCUGUACUAUUAAAGUGGUUUUCUUGGAGAUUAUUACCAACUUCCUUCAGUCAAAUCUGGUGGCUUAAAAAAAAAGUUAUUGUCUCCUCUAAUCUUGUUGCAUUGGAUUGUGUUGACUUUACUUUUUUAGAAAUUUUCUUUCACUCUGGCUUGCGAUGUACACGAUUCUUGCCUUUUGUAGUCUGUGUCCAGUAUCUCUAUCUGCUCCUACACUGCUUUCUCUCCCUUUUUAGUCUUCUAAAUGUAUAUAUUCCUACAGGCUUAGUGUUCUGCUCUGUAGUAUAUUCCUUUUAAGUAACCCUUCUAUGGCAUUUUCCCAUUUCUGUAUUUUUAGCCUCAAUAUUUCACCCACAUAAUCUUCCCAGAUUUUAGAUUAUAUUUUUGUUUCUGAAUGUCAUACCAUCAUCUUAAUUAAAUAUUUCAAAACCUGGA